GACUAUCCUCCUAAGUGUAAUCUCACUGCUUAAUGAGCCCAACACCUUUUCCCCAGCCAAUGUGGACGCUUCCGUUAUGUUCAGGAAAUGGAGGGACAGUAAAGGGAAAGACAAGGAGUACGCCGAGAUUAUCAGGAAACAGGUCUCGGCCACUAAGGCUGAAGCAGAGAAGGAUGGAGUGAAGGUCCCCACAACCCUGGCAGAAUACUGCAUCAAAACUAAAGUGCCUUCCAAUGACAACAGCUCAGAUUUGCUUUAUGACGACUUGUAUGACGACGACAUUGAUGAUGAAGAUGAGGAGGAAGAAGAUGCCGACUGUUAUGAUGAUGAUGAUUCUGGGAAUGAGGAGUCGUGACAUGUUCCUUCAGUACCCUGUACUGCCCUGACGUCUCAGGCCAAAGGGAGGGAGCAAGUGGGGAUCUAUGGUGGCCCCUCAGUGAAAACUUACUCAUGGGGUGGGGAAACACACACAGCUCCUGCUGACUCCCCUGCGGAUCUCAGUUUGCUCCUUUUUAUGGACUUUUACUGGAGAGAAAGUAACCCCCACAGAAUGUCUGAAUUCUCGCAUUCUUCACCCUUCCAUCACUGUAUUGAUUCUUUUAAAACAGACACCACCGCCCUUCAAACUCCCACCUCACUUCAUCUCUGCAGAAUGUUCACAGCAAAACACGUUUGUCUGUUUUUAGAUUCUUGAAGAAUUAGUCUGUUUAAGACAUCAAUGUGUUUAAAGCUGGGAACCCACUGGGAGUCCACAAGUGCUGCAUAUAUUGGGUAGCAAAAGGAAAUGGGGGGAAAAAACACAAAACCAAAAAAACAAAAAACAAAAAAAAACAAAACAAAAAAAACCCACAAAACAAACUUUAAAAAAAAAAAAAAAAGCCAAUUUGCCAAGGUUUAGCUGCUCCUUCCAUUAGUGCGUGUGCAUUUGUUCAGCCCCGUGGUGGUGAAUUUGUUUCUUUCCCUUCCUGAGGCUGGGGUGGGGUGGGCAUCAGGGACUUCCUUCCUCUUGCUAAGCCUGAUGAAUGUGCUGCUUCUGCCUCUAUGACAUCAUCCCAACAUGGAGGCUACAGCUACUCUGAGGAGAGAAAUCAGAUUUUGUUUUUUGGAAUCGAUUGGGAUCUAAAGCCUGAAAUAAAUAUUCAUACUUUACAUAGAACUGA